UCUGGCUGUUCCGUCCUCGCCGCCGUGCAGCCCACUUCUUCCUCGCAGGGGGAGCUGACUUGAUGCGCAUAAUAAAUCACCUCUGCAAGAUUCCUUUUCAAGCCCAUUUCCAGACCUGCGCGCGUUUGAUUUGAGAGGCGAGAGUCGUGCCUCUUGACUGGGGGAUGAUUUAAAUGUGAUUCUGCACAGAAAACAACGUGGGUGUUGUUUGUGUGUGUGUGUGCGCGCGCGUGUGUGUGUGUGUGAGUGUGUGUGUGCCUGUGUGUGUGUGUGUGUGUGUGUUUUUGUGAUGGGGAGUGGAGGAGAAGGGGGAGAACAGCGAUAUGAAACGCGUGUGUUUAUGCCUCCUGCGCUACCCGUUAUCUCUGACUGACCACCGGCUCAAUUUCACCUGUAUGAACGACCUUGCGAUUGUGACCGAAAUUUUCCUAACAAGGUUUCCAUGGAGGAUCAAUUUGUCGCUUUUUCUGUGAGGGCUGAAUUUGGUUCCCGCUGGUCUCAAGAUAUUUCAAGAUAAGAGGUAAUUGCAUACUGGUAUGCCAAGAUGUCAGCUGGAAUAUCUGUGAUGAAUGCAGCUCAGGCCUUCAAAGUAAGUACACUCCCACUCUUCCAGCUGGGCUAUUUGUUCAACCAGCCUGUUACUUGGAUGCAGGUGGAGUGUGAUGGAGGUGCUAGAUAUCGUCAUUAUACAUUGUUUUUUUUUUUCAUGUCAGUUAACCCAGAGGUGUGUUGGUUCAGGAAGGUAUCCUCCUUGAUUGAGUGAUUCACCCAGUAAAGCUUUCUCACCCCCUUCUAUCACCAUCGUCGUUAGCACCAUUACUGUGUUUAGUGCAAGGUGAGAAAGUGCAUGAGUGUGUGUGUGAGUGUGUGUAAGAGUGUGUGUGUGUGUGUGCGUGUGUGUGUGCGAGCGCAGAUACAUGCUUGUGUACAUGUGAAUCACUGAGUGAUCUGCUCCUGGGUAAUAUCACUGACAGGAUUCUGUAUUUAGCAUUUGUAAAUGAUUUAUUAGAGCUGCAUUAAAAAAAAAAAGGAACACAUGGCAUCAGCUGUUACACGGUGCCAUCCCUAACAAAACCCCAUUACAAAUGCAAACCAUAACAUGCAAAGUCGACAGUAGUGUAAUACCCACUGUACCUUCCACACACCAAUCCACAGUCCUGAGGUGCCAGCAGUUUGCACACUGUGGGCCUAUCACUGAGGUAUGGCAUGCAGGACUCUACUUGAGAGGAAGCGUACCAAUCCCAUUUUGCAGACUUUGGGUGAACAAAAAGGACCGAGCAAACAUGAAAGGUCCAAGUCUCCUCAGGCAGCCAGAGAGUGAAUCCGUCCAAGUGAAGGAUGAGCCUGGGCGUUGGUCGCUCCUGUAAUAGAUUGGCAUGGGCUUCCUCCCAUAUGCCUCUGGUAUCACCCUCAGACAUCUCUGGGUGCAAGUUGGCCACAUCACAGGGCACAAAGUGACACCGCCUGGAUCUUCACUUAAUUGGAAAUGUCAAGCUCCCCUCUCUCAGAGAACACGAGUGCCAUUUCAAAGCUUAUUGGAUGAAAGUCUCAUUUGCCCUUGGCUGCCAAAGAUGACGUUGCCGUGGAAACAGCUUCUACUGUUAUCAAUCAUCGACUGUCUGGCAGAUUGUCUGGACAGUGGAUCGUACCAUGGUCCAAGAUGGCGGAUGGAGCCAGGUGACUUAUUCAUUCCUGUGGACUCCAUAGAGGAAGAGGCUACUCUGACUUGUGAUGCUAAGGGAGCCACACCUCUUCAGUACAGAUGGUCUUUGAAUGGGACUCUCAUAAAUCUGGAUCUGGAUCGCCGGCGGCGUCUGUCUGGGGGCAACCUCAUUAUAAGCAGUCUGGACCGUUACCAGGAUGUAGGGAUGUACCAGUGUAUGGCCUACAACACUGUAGGAGCGAUCCUCAGCAGGAGAGCAAGUCUGCAGUUUGCCUACUUAGAUCAUUUCAAAGUCCAUACCAGAAGCGCGGUAUCAGUCCGAGAGGGACAAGGAGUGGUGUUGCUUUGUGGAACGCCCACUUCCUCAGGAGACCUUACUUAUGCAUGGGUCUUCAAUGAGUACCCGUACUUUGUUCAGCAAGACAAUCGACGUUUCGUCUCCCAGCAGACGGGAAACCUUUACAUUGCCAAGGUGGAGCCCUCUGAUGUGGGUAACUACACUUGUGUAGUGAUGAACAGCAUCACAAAGGGCAAAGUUCAUAGCUCACCUACGUCUCUGAUCCUCAGGACAGAUGGAGUGAUGGGUGAAUACGAGCCGAAAAUAGAAGUUAAUUUCCCAGACAAUGUACCCUCCGCAAAAGGAUCAACAGUUACGCUGGAGUGUUUCGCCCUUGGGAACCCUGUCCCAGAGAUCACCUGGAAGAGGGCAAAUGGAGUUCCCUUCCCCAGCAAAGUCAAAAUGAAGUACUCCAACGCUGUGCUAGAGAUCCCCAGCUUCCAGCAGGACGAUACGGGAGCGUACGAGUGUGUGGCAGAGAACAAGAUGGGCAAGAACACAGCCACUGGUCGACUGGCAUUCUAUGCCAAACCUCAGUGGAUCCAGACCAUGAAGGACACAGCCCUGGCCAUAGAGGAGAGACUAUACUGGGAGUGUCGAGCCAAUGGCAAGCCUAAACCUUCCUACACGUGGCUGAAGAACGGCCAACAGCUGCUCUCAGAGGACAGAAUCCAUGUGGAGGACGGAGUGCUGUCAGUGUCAGUGCUGACACUGUCUGACGCCGGCAUGUACCAGUGUGUGGCUGAGAAUAAACACGGCGUCAUAUAUUUUGCUGCUGAACUAAUGGUUUUAGCCUCUCCUCCAGACUUCACAGGGAACGUCCUCAGAGCUUUGCUCAAAGCCAAGGCAGGAACUACAGUGACUUUAGAGUGUAAACCCCAGGCCUAUCCUAUCGCCAGCAUUUUGUGGAAGAAAGGAAACCUGCCUAUCCACACCAAUGACAGGAUCACACUUUCCCCAGAUGGAACACUGAGGCUUGCCAACGUGAGCAAGUCUGAUGCUGGCAGCUAUACAUGUUUCGCUAGGAAUAGAUUUGGCAUGUCUAGUACAACUGGAAGGCUCCUUGUUACCGAUCCAACCAGAAUCAUCCAGGGGCCAGUGGACAUGGAGAUCAUUGUGGGCGAGAGCAUCGUGUUACCCUGUCAGGUCAUUAGUGACCCCGUCCUUGACGUUUCUUUCUCCUGGGCCUUCAACGGACAGCUCAUCGCCAAGGGGGACGGUCACUUUGAGCUAGUGGGUGGGAGAACAGCAGGAGAUCUGAUGAUCAGGAACAUUCAGCUUUACCAUGAUGGCAAAUAUAUCUGCGUGGUGGACACGGAUGUGGAGAGCCUGUCAGCCGUGGCUGUAUUGAUUGUGAAAGGCUCCCCCAGCCCUCCAGACUCAGUGACAGUGGAUGAGGUGACAGACAGCACAGCCCAGCUGACCUGGAGCCCCGGCAGAGACAACGGCAGCCCCAUCACCAAUUACCUCAUCCAAACCAGGACUCCUUUCACUGUGGGCUGGCAGAGGGUUAACACAGUCCCUGAGAUAAUCGAUGGGAACACACUGACAGCCACUGUGGUGGACCUUAAUGCCUGGGUGGAGUAUGAGUUUCGGGUUUUGGCCAAAAACAGUGUUGGGGUGGGAGAACCCAGCCCUGUGUCAGUCAAGACCAGGACAGAGGACGCAGUUCCUGAUGCAGCGCCAGGUGACGUGGGUGGAGGAGGUGGAAGCAGAUCUGAACUGGUCAUCACAUGGGAGCCUGUCCCUGAAGAACUACAGAAUGGUGAGAGCUUUGGUUACAUCAUUGCUUUCCGCGCCUUCGGAGAAGUUAGCUGGACCCAUGUGGCCACCUCUGCCCCCGGUGCAUCCCGCUAUGUGUACCGCAACGACAGCAUUGCCCCCUUCUCCCCUUUUCAUGUCAAGGUUGGCACUUACAACAGCAAAGGACAGGGUCCCUUCAGCCCCGUGGUCACCAUCUACUCUGCAGAGAUAGAGCCAAGUGGGAUGCCAGCGGGAGUUUGGGCCAGAAGUGUUUCAGCCUCUGAGAUUGAGGUGAAUUGGCAGGCUCUCUCCUUCACCCCUGAAAGGGUUCUGGGCUAUGAGGUGGUGUACUGGGAAGAUGACACCAAACCAGAGACCAUGGGGAAGGUUAGGGUGCCUUGGAACCAAACCUCGGUCACAGUGAGCGGCUUGACUGGAAACACACAGUAUUUCCUUACAGUCAGCGCCUUCAACACAGCAGGCACCGGCCCGUUCCUCCCUGCAAUCAAUGUCACCACAAAAAAGCCACCACCAGCCCAACCACCGCUGAAUGUCGAAUGGACCCUAAUUGGCUCUCAUCUGUCUCUUUACUGGGAACCUGUGGUGGCGAUGGAAUCAGAGUCAGAAGUUACAGGAUACCAACUGUCAUACAGGAGACAGAGAUACAAAGAGGUAAACACACUCACAACAGCCAAUUCAACAGCUGACUUGACCCUCCCCGAGGACGACGAUGACUACAUCAUCCUCAUUCAGACGCUGAGCGAAGGAGGGCUGGGCCCAGCCUCAGAUCCCAUACGAAUCCACCAAAUGAGUAUGAGCGCCCGCGGCUCGAGAGCCUGGAGUGUGGACAUCUCCCCCCUCUCCCUGCUCCUCGCCAUCGCAAUAUUAACAUUCAGGUCAACUUCGUGACACAAUGACAGACUCUGCUCUGUUUUUCAACCUUCAGUAUUAUUAUUCUUUUCUUUAAUUUGUGAAAGUUGCUGAAGUUUUUUUUUUUCCUCUCUCUCUUUUUUGGAGGUGACCACAUACUAUUUUGCUGUGUAGUUUGCGGGUACGAGGCAGCGCGAGAGUGGAGCAGUGCUGUCAGACACUUUAAUUAACAGUAAAUGCUUGAGCUUUUUUUUUUUUUUUUUUUUUACAUAGGUCUGUUGGUCUCUUGGGAACAAUGCUCCAUUUCAACCCUUUUUUCGACUCUAGAAUGAUACAGAUGCCUUACUUCCAUCCAUGUGCCAAAGUAGUUUCAGCCUUCUUGUUGUUCUUGCUAAGAUAGCUACAUGCUUUCCUCAACAUUUUAUUCCUAACAGUCUCUUCUUAUUGAAGGUCUUAGUGUACCUGGCAGACAGCCGUGAUGAGAAGUUGUGUUUUGUAUUUUUGGAAAUUUUGAGUUUACCUCCCCACAUCUGAAUUGGCGAGUAGGAACAUGUUCAUUCACCCGUGCCCGUGCCUUUGGAGAUUCUUGUAACGGCAUCACUUACAGACACUAGUCAGUGAUACUUAGUGUUUUAGACAUUCUGCAGCUCAUUCUCCUCAUCUUUACGUGCUGCAUUAAAAAUUGGUUGUGUCCCAGAUUAAAACUCAUUCAACACUUCACAUCACCAGUGUUUGCCAUUUGCUGAAUGUACAAUGAGGGCUCCUAAAGGUUUAAAUGCUUCAGACCAGUUAUUGUGAUAGCCCACUGAUUGAUGGAUUGGACUUUACUCUGCAUUUACAAAGAUUACAUCUGCCUGAAAACAGCAGUAGAGGGAGAGGUGCACAACUGCCAGUGUAUUUCCGUCAUCUCUAGUGCUGAAACAAUCAAUCAAACAGUCAAUCGACAGAAAGUUAAUCAACAACCAGUUAAGUUAUUUAUCAAGGAAAAAUGCCAAACAUUGACUGGUGUGAGAAUUUGCUGAUUGUCUCUGUUUUAGAUGCAAGGUAUAAUACCAGACGAGGUACACUUAGAGGAUAUUAUUCUGCUGUAUGCCAUGGCCACUUGACAACAAUCUGCCAUAUCCCAUCAAAUUACUAUAACAUCAGUUGUUCUUCCGUAGAACGGAGUGAAACAAAAUGAUAAUUUAGUCUCAUUAUCAGGCUGUAGGAGAGAAUCUUCUCUGAAGGAAAUGUUUUACAUUUUAGGAAACACAAUCAAUCCAUAUCAUAUCUGUGUGCAUUACCUAUAGAGUCAGGGCCGUGAGUCAAUUAGCAUAGCUUAGCAUAAAGACUGGAAGUAAGGGGGAAACAGUUAGCCCGACUCUAUCCAAAGCUCAAAAAUCCACCUACCAGCACCUCUGAAGCUCAGUAAUUAACACACUGUAUCUCAUUUGUUUAAUUUAGUAGUCAGUGCACAUACAUGAGAAUGGUAUUGAUUGUCUCAUCUAAAUCUCAGAAAGAAAGUGAAAACCAUACACGUAUUUCCCAAAAUGUUGAACUAUUCCUUUAAAGAGUAAUUUCACCCUCAACAUAUGAAGUAACACACAAACUAUAAGAACAAAGACUAGCAGUUUAAUACUUUUUGAGCAUGAAAGUUCAUUGUUGACGUCGGGAACAACAGUUUGACAAAAUAAUCUCAACUCCACUUACUAGCAUUUUCCAGAGCUUUCAACCACAUCUCACAGUUAUCCUCAUUGAAUGGAGUUAGCUCAGUUGUCAUUGAUUAUCAUAAAACCGAAGUUCUAUUCUUAGACCACGUGUUGACGACUGAACCAACUCAAUGACAACUCAGUAAACUCCGUUUGCUGAUGAAGACUGUGAGACAUGGUUGAAAGCCCUGGAAAUAUCUAGUAAGUGUACUUUAUCUUUACCAAUUUAAUACUGGUGCAUAGCAACAAAUAAACAUGUGUGUCAGAAGUGUACGAUUAUUCUGUCCAGUUACUUGAAAUAAAGGGACGCCCACCAGCCAAUCAGAAUCAAGAAUUCUCAGUGGCCAUGGUUAAAUAUCGCAGAUUCAAUAUCUUUGGGUUUUGGACAGUCGGUCCGACAAAACAAGCAAUUUGAAAAUUGUGAUGUGUUAUUCUUUUUUAAUGUUUUCUGACAUUUUAUAGACCGAUUGAUUAAUAGGACAUACAAUCAACAGAUUAAUCAGUAAUCACCUGUUCAACACAGUUGCUGUGCUACUCAACGCGCAUCAUCAGCCAUUUCAGUCGAGACGAGAGGUUUAAAGUGCUGCCAACUGUGCCAGUCUGAUAAUUGAAAUCGAGCCACCAGCUUAGACAUUAUUUGGCAAAAUGUAUGGUCAGCUGUGUUUUAAUACGUUGUGAAUCUGUCCUUUGUUGUCAGUUGAAUUGGCUUUUUUAUGUGGUAUGUGUUGUCAUUGUUUGUUGUAUUUCAGCAAGACCCCACUGCUCAGGUAUUCAGACCUGCUUCAUCUUACCUUUCAAUAGUCCUAAAACGGCAGGAGCAGAUAGAUCAGAAACCUGUCAGCACAUGACACAAGGGUCUAUUUAACAGUCUGACUUGACGAAUGGAAAGCCUGAUAUGUGCCAUGAUUUAGCAGACAUUAAAACAUCUUAAUAAAUUAGAGCAGGCCCGAGGGGCUUCUAUGGGAAAAGGGCAUAGGAGUAAUGGCACUAAUGACACCCACACAAGACUAAUAUAUCAGGAUUUAGGGAGGACUAAAUCAGGACAAUCCCAUCAAGAUGACACCAGAAAGAUUCAAGGGUGUGUGUGUGUGAGAGUGAGAGAGAGAGAGAGACAGAGAGCCAGCAUGUACAUCUUUGUUACUUUACCCUACAGUGUCAUGGACAAAUGUUUUCAAACCUAUUCUGCUAUUUGGAAAAAAAAAUAGUUUCAACUCAUUUGUUGUACUUAACUGUGGUUCAGGGCUUUGGGCAACUAAAGCAUUGUGGAUAUUCAAAUAGACUAAUACAAGGUCAAUAUGGGAGGUUGAAAAAAAUGAGUUUAACCGAAGGAGGAGUUGAAAUAUCAAAUUACAGUGGACUGCCAGUGCAAAGGAAUAAGUUUAAAAGCUCCAGAAUCCAAGGCCAGUGUGGUGCACCUUGCAGUUCGUAUUAAAACACGAGGACAAACUGUUUUCUUCCCCGAUGCGUGUUAAUAACUUUCUCAAAGCAGUCUUUGAAUCCUGUUAUGUUGUUUUUGUGGCUUUACGUGUGGUUUAAUCUGUAUACAUUCUCUCAUCAAGGAAUGUCAUUGUUAAGCUAACAAAUGUUUACACAGGAAAAGCAUCUUUCUGACUGAUUUAUUGAUUAUAUUGAACCGAAAAAAAAGACAUUACACCGUUUAUGAACUUGUGUCUUGGGUACAUAGAAGCAUUGCCAACCUCUUUGUUUUGUAACGUAUCAGUACUGUGGAGAUGUUUUGAUUUUCUCUUUUUUUAAUGUUUGAUAUGGUUCCUAAUUGUUUUUCUUUUUCUCUUCCAACAAUUCUGCACAAAGGUCAAGUGUUGCUUUAAAAGGAAGAAUUAAGAGUCACUGUUGGCUCAUUCAAAAGCCAGUGCGAUGAGAUCUCUUUUGCCUCCAUACAGUAGACUUUACAUACUGUAUGUAUUUUGUUGUGAUUUGAAGCAGUUUCCCCAACUGGGAGACCAAACUGUGGUGUCCUACUUCCAAUUGUAAUUCUCAGUCAAACCCAGAAUUUGAAAAAUACAGCAGAGAGUAACAUUUCUCAGCAGCUGCUAUCACACACAGCCUUUUGGUGCAAUGACACAAACGUUACCUGUUACAAGGUAGUCGGCCAGUGCACAGCAGAUAAUACAAGUUGUACUAUCUACUAGUACUUCUUGUCUUUUUAUACCAAUACAGUUUUCCAAUUUUAUUGCUACUUUGAAGAUCAGAAAAGGCAGAAUUGAUCAGAAAAUUAAUAAACGAGUUACCCGAAAAUUCUUAAUUCCGUAAAGAUUGAUGAAGAAACACAAUUAGCGCUCUGGGUGACAACGCUUGGCCUUUCUGUUGUGACUCCUCAGUAUUUUGAUGUCCAGGUGAUCUCCGUGAGAUCGUGGCAGUAACGUUUUCACAUUGAAAAGUCAUCAGCUGAUCUUGAUAUGCUGAAGCUGUGCAUGUAUGAUAUCGUUUGGUGCAUUUGUGUUUUCUAAAUGAGCGAGUUAAUAAAAACAAUUCACUGAG